AAAGAGAAAAAAAAAAAGAAAAGAAAAAGAAAAGGCGAGCUUAUUGGAAUCUCCCUUGCCCUUUGGUGAUUGAAGCUUGACCUGACCCGAAUAAGUUAGGACUCUAGUGGGAUGAUCCAAGAUGCGUAACCAAACAAGGAAUUUGUGGCCUAAACCCUAGAAAUUAGAAAGGCUUAAACCCCUCCGUAACAGCAACCUAGGAAUUAGAUCCAAAAGGAAAGGAAAAAUCAAACAGGUUUUAAUGGCUGGUUUGACGAUUCUCUCGAGAUUAUCAUCGCCUCGGGUAAAGGCUCUUCCUUUCAAGCUUAAAUGCAGCAAAUCAGUGUUACCCACGAUUUCUCCAUUGAAUUCGAGCUCUCAGUCUCAGGUUUCUUCUUCAGUGAGGCGCAUUUCUGGGAUUUCAAGAUUACCAGUGGAGCUGAGCUGCUUAAUCUCAAUGAUGCCAUUACACAGUGCAGUAGCUUCGGCUCGCCUCCGAUCAUUUCUUGCUGUAGAAUCUCAGGGUUGGGGUUUGAUUCCUCAAGGUAUCUCCAUGCCUUUAUGACAGCACCCUUUGUUAAUGGUUGUUAAUGGACAAUUUUUAUCAAAAUGGAGUGCAGUUUCAUUCUGAACUUGAAAUCUGUAAGGGUUAAUAAUUUUCUCAUUGUUUAUUAUGAUAUGAUAAAUGCUGCUAUUGUCGAUUGAUGAGAAGCAAGAGCAAUAUAAAUUGGCAUCUAGAAACUUAAACCCCAUGUGUUUUGC